UUCUCGUCCGUCCUUCCUUCCUUCCUUCCUUCCGUCCUUCCUUCCUUCCUUCCUUCCUUCCUUCCUUCCGUCCUCUCUCAGGCAGUGGUCUAAGACUGAAGAAAGUGGCAGUUUAGCUCUGUGGUUUCCAAAGAAAGAUCUGGAGAAACAGUACCGAGCCCUGGACCUGCCGAUGUUCAAACAUUACGUCGGCUGUGCCACCGUCAUCUUCCUCUGCAUCUUCUUGGUUCAGUUGUUUGUCACAAAGGAUCGACAGAUGUUGGGCACGUCGUUCGGGGUCCUGGUGUGUGUGCUGCUGCUGACCCUGGCCAUCUGUUUCGCAGGUCACUUCCAG